UACAGUUCGUUUUUGAUUUCUCGACAGUUCACACGCAACAAGCAUACAACAUUUUACAAUCGCCUUUAUCGCUUGUUUACUUGACUCUAGUUCAUUUUUCAGUUAUUUUUCUUUUAUUGAAAAUCCUUUGAAAAAGUGAUGAGUGUCUUUUAUACUUCGAAUUAAAGGUUUCAGAAAUCCGAUUAUUGAUUAAAAUCAAUAAAGUGGCAAAAUAAGUCGAUGUUCAUUUUGUUUGUGUGAUCAAUUAAUCAAAACAAUAGUAACCGUAACGUCAAAACAAGUCACUUCAGCGCAUCAGUGAUUAGUUAAGAUAUUUAAGUGUAAAUGAAUUUGUGUAUUUUAUGUUCGUUCAAAUGUUCACACCCACUUCAACGCAGUGAAGCUUAUAAUUAAUUAAACUCAAUAAAGACAAGGAGAAUCCAGCAGCUGACAACAACAGGAUUCACAAAAAAAACAGAAGGAGAAAACAAAAAGUAACGUACGAUGAGGCACAUAACGAUCGCUUUGCUGUCAUCGCUGCUAAUUAUUGCAAAUUUAGAGGGAACUGCCACGUCAGGAACCUAUCGUACGCUUUUCGAUUAUCCGUUCGAUGCCGUUGGAAUAAAUGAUUUGCAAGGUCAAGAAGACGUUCAAAUCGAAGUUACGCAAAAGUCGAGCGGUGCCCUUUCACAGCUCAAUGCAUCCGAUCAACUAGAUAAACUUAGGAAAAGCAUUCCAGGCGAACCAGAUGUUGAUUAUCCAAUCUUCAGAACACCACCAGAAACGGCAUUCUCUUGCCAUAGCCGAUCCACAGGCUACUAUGCGGAUGUCGAAGCGAGAUGUCAGGUGUUUCGAGUUUGUACGAAUACAGAAUUAAGUGGAAAAGGAUUUGCAUUUAUUUGUCCAAAUGGAACUUUAUUCAACCAGGAAGUGUUUGUAUGUGAUUGGUAUCAGCAUGUUGAUUGCGGUGCAAGUGAAAACCAUUACGGCAAAAAUGCUGAACUCAAUAUGAAAAUGCAAAGCAUGUCUGAUAUUAUGGCAGUUGUAACUGAGAUGAUGAAUUUUCCAUUGAAAGGCGCUCAAGGGCGGCCAACGCUUCUACCAAAUUUCUCGAAGUCAACAAGUCUAGCGACAGAACGACCAAUAGUUACUCCAUCGAUAAAUCAAUUCGCAUCAAAAACUACGCAAACAUCAAGCGUUUCGAAUGGUUUCACGUCACCAUCGACAGUGGGAACAUUUAGCAAUGAAACGCCGAAUUCGAACACACAAGCAGGUACUCAAUUAACACCGACCAUUCCACCACAACAAGAACAACAUCAUCACCAACAACAACAACAACCCAAUUCUGAAUUCGGUAAUCGGGUUAUCACACAAGAAGGUGACUUUGAAAUUAAUUCACAAACUGGAAUUGAUACCACAAAAACGGUUCAACAGAAUACAUUUUUGGAACAUCCAAAAGACAUUUACAUCUCAAGUUUGGGUGAGUUGUCCACCGAUGCUGGAAAUAAAUUUAAUAUCAAUACAUCGAAAAUUAUUAAACCGGAUGCGGCAAUCACCUUAAUUAAUGCACGUCCGUUAACAAAAGAACAACAAUUAAAACAAUCAUUAUCUCAGUCAUUCCAAAAUCGGGUCCAAUCGAACGGUGUUAGUUCGGGCGAACAAAAUUUAGCAGACGGUUUGCAGCGCAUUUUACAACAAAAUCCCGAUUAUCAAAUUCCAAUAUUAUCGGGCGAAGCGGAUCUUGUACAGUUUAUUGAAAUAAUUUUACAAAGAAAUCCAGACUUAACGGCCGACAAAUUGAAUGCUAUUUUAUCAGCCGAAAGUGAUGCAAUACUGGACAUUUUAAAUGAUGCCGUUAGUAAAAAUCAAUCCGGCAUAAAAUCGCAUGAAAGUGAAAUUUUGCAAAAAAUCCAAAAUAUCAUAAAUAAAUACAAGAAAAAUGGUCAAUUCGUUGAUUCGCCAGCUGUUGGCGGUGAGGCCGAUCUGCUCGAAACCCUGCAACGAAUUCUUCAGCAAAGCCAAUUUCCGAUAUUCUCCGGAGAAGCUGAUCUGGUUUCGUUCAUCGAACAACUUGUCAGUCGAAAUCCAGAUUUUACGAGAGAACGACUAAAUGCGAUAAUUAGUGGUGAAGCUGAUUCCAUUUUAUCGAUUUUGAACCAAAAAUGGCAACAAAACAAUGGACAAGCCAUUGAAAGUGGUGAGGCGAUUCUCUUAGAAGCAAUAGAAAUUAUUCUACAAAAGUAUCGCAGUGUAAAUGUCACGCAAUUGCCAUCAACAGUGUCGAUUCCGUCUCAAUUGCAACAACAAGCUGUGCAAAGUGGGGAAAGUGAUUUACUUGAGAGUACCUUACGGCGAAUCCAACAACAAAGUCAAAUACCGAUAUUCUCCGGUGAAGCUGAUCUGGUUUCAUUCAUCGAACAAAUUGUGCAACAAAAUCCAGAUUUCUCAAGAGAAAGACUUGCUGCCAUUAUUAGUGGUGAAGCCGACUCAAUUCUAUCAAUUUUGAAUGAAAAAAGGCGACAAAAUAAUGGACAACUUGUUGAAAGUGGUGAAGCAAUUUUAUUAGAAGCGAUUCAAAUCGUUUUACAAAAAUAUCGCAAUGAAAAUAGCUCAAAAUCCAAUCAGUUUUUGACAACAGUGCCAGUUCAGUCCGGCGAAAGUGAUUUGUUAGACAUUUUGAGGCAAAUUCAACAAAAAAGCCAAAUCCCAAUAUUCUCUGGCGAGGCAGAUCUCGUUUCGUUCAUUGAACAAAUUGUACAGAGAAAUCUAGAUUUUACACGAGAACAAUUGAGUGCAAUAAUUAGUGGUGAAGCCGAUUCUAUUUUAUCAAUUUUGUACGAAAAACGGGCCGAAAACAAUGGACAAAUCAUCGAAAGUGGUGAAGCGAUCUUAUUAGAGGCAAUAGAAAUUAUUUUACAAAGAUUCCGUAAUAAAAAUGCAAGCACCGUGGUUCCUCAGUCUCCGGUGACACUUCAACCACAGGUGAAUUUCCAAGCUGUUCAAUCUGGCGAAGAUAAUCUUCUUCAAAGUGUAUUGCAACGAAUUCAACAACAAAGUCAAAUCCCAAUAUUUUCGGGUGAAGCUGAUUUGGUGUCGUUCAUUGAAGAAAUUGUGCAAAAGAAUCCAGAUUUUACAAGAGAACAACUCAGUGCUAUCAUAAGUGGUGAAGCCGACUCAAUUCUAUCAAUUUUAAAUGAAAAAAGACAACAAAAUAAUGGACAACUUGUUGAAAGUGGUGAAGCAAUCUUACUAGACGCGAUUCAAAUCAUUUUACAAAAAUAUCGCAAUGAAAAUACCUCCAAAAUAAAUCAAUUUGCAACAACUGUGUCUGUUCGGUCGGGCGAAAGUGAUUUGUUGGACGCUUUGAGACAAAUUCAACAACAAAGUCAAAUCGCAAUAUUUUCAGGCGAAGCCGAUCUCGUUUCGUUCAUUGAACAAAUUGUACAACAGAAUCCCGAUUUUACGCGAGAACAAUUAAGUGCAAUAAUCAGCGGUGAGGCCGAUUCGAUUUUAUCAAUUUUGAACGAACGACGGCAAUCAAAUAACGGUCAACUUAUUGAAAGUGGUGAAGCAAUCUUGUUAGAUGCAAUCCAAAUCCUUUUGCAGAAACAUCGCAACAAUACAAUUUCAAAUCAGUCAUCACUAAAAACUGGUUCAUUGCUUCAAAGUCAGCAAGCCUUUGUGCCAAAUACACAAAGCGAUAGCAAAAUUGGGAAUCAAAACAAAAUCGAAAAUGGAAUAAAUAUAAACGAUUUUAAACCAGUUUCAACAAUUGUACCUAAUGAACAAGAAAGGGAAAUAUCGACAGUAUCACCACAGCCGAUUAGUCAGGUUUCGCCAUUUGAAAUAACAUAUCAAAAUGUUGAAUCAGAUGAUUCGGAUUUGCUGGAAGAAACAUUAAUGCGAAUUUUACUACGAAUCCCAAAUCAACAGCAAUCUAUAUUUUCGGCCAAAUCAAAUUUACAAGAGUUUGUUCAGCGACUUAAAGAGCAAAAUUUGGACUUUUCUGCCAAACAAUUGAAUGCAAUCAAUGGUGGCGAAGCUAGUUCAAUUCUACGAAUUUUAAACGAUAAAGUUGAGAGAAACAAACCGAUUACUAGUGCCGAUUUAUUGGAUUCGAUUGAACAAGUUCUUCAAAAAUACCGUCAAAACAAUCAAUUAUUGCCACCGUUGCGUGAGCCAGUGUUUGAUGGUGAAAAUGAUCUCUUGGAGACGAUCCGGAAAAUUCAACAGAAAAGCAUAGCUCCAAUUUACUUUACUCAAGCCGAUCUGUUGCCAUUCAUUCGGCGAAUUGAACAGCAAAAUCCAAAGAUAACGCCACAUCGAUUGAAUGAAAUUAUUGGCGGUGGCAUUGAUUCCAUUUUAACCAUUUUAACGGAAAAUCGUGAAAAAGAGAAUUACAGCGGUUUUGAUGUUAUUGAAAGUGGUGAAGCCGAUCUAUUGGUGGCCAUUCAGUACUAUGUUGAAACAUACGCAAGACCGGAAAAUGAUCCAUCCAUAUUGCCACCACCACCUCCAUCACCACCUACAUAUGUUGCUCCAACAAUUCCACCACGACCGGUCCCACCACGACCAGUACCAUUAGGACCAGUUCAGCAGUCAGGAACAUUUCAGCAAUCAGGACCAGUUCAGCAAUCAAGACCAGUUCAGCAAUCAGGACCAGUUCAGCAAUCAGGACCAGUUCAGCAAUCAAGACCAGUUCAGCAAAUACAAUCGGGGGCGAACGAUUUGUUGCGAACGAUUCAGCAUAUCGAAGAACAAAGUCAAAUACCAAUAUUUUCGGGCGAAGCCGAUCUUGUUACUUUCAUUGAAUUAAUAAAACAACAAAAUCCAGAUCUUACACAAGAGCAAUUGAGUACAAUUAUUGAAGGUGAAUCUGAUUCAAUUGUAAAAAUUUUAAAUCAAAAAAUGCACAACACAAAACAAAGUUCGGUCGGUACAGUUGGCGAGAAUUCCGGUGACGCCGCUUUGUUGGAUGCAAUUUUCCGAAUUUUGAAAAAAUACAGACGAAACUAUCAGAGCACGUACAGCUAUCCAAACAGUCAAAGUACAUUGGCAUAUACUCAAAGCAGUCAAACCCAAACAUUGACCAAUCAAUUACCAAAAGAAGCCAACGGAAAUGGGCAAGUGUCGUCGCAUUCCGUGCACGGACAAGUGACCACACUCAACUCUGGUGGAAGUGAAUCAUUCUAUAAACUUUCAAAUCAAAAUCAAGCGACUGCAGGCGGUGAUGAAAAGCCAAUUUAUUCAUUUGAACAGAAUAAACAAAGCGAUUUUUCGAAUAAACAUUUACAAUCAAUUCAAAGUCAUGUAACAAAGAAUGUGUUCGAAGGAAAAGACAAUAUUUAUACGCAAACUGCAAUAAGUCAUCAAACUCGAUCUCAAUCAACUUCGUCCAAUUCACAGAAAAUCCACUUUAAAAUAACGCAUACAGUGCCGUAUCAACAACAGGCCGUACAGUUAACUCAAUCGAGUGUAUCAACCACGUUAUCGCCCAAUACAUAUAUUCCACCGGUCAUUCCAUCGCAUACAACGCAACCAUCUUAUAGCUACACAAGAACAACGACUACAACAACACCAGCAGCGAAGCAAGUGUUCACAUAUCCGGAGGUUCCAAUCAAUCAACAUGAGGAAACCGAAGUACGUAGACAAAGUGGCAGCGUGAAUAUUGCAAAGGAUCCCGUCAACUAUCAAUUUAUCAACAACAGACAAAAUAUUGCUGCAUCACAGCAACAUCAAGCACCUGUGGCUCAACAAGCGUACGUUUAUACUGAAAUUGAGAAUCGACCUCCAGUAAAUUUUGAUGUUGUUCCCCAUCCACCGCUCCAAACUGAGUAUCCAAAAUCAAUUCAGAAUAACAUUGAGUCACGUGUUGUAAAUCGACCAAAAUUACGUCAAUACAGUGCACCGUCAAUACCAUCGUCAUUACCUUCAAUUGUUCAUCAGCCAAGCAAUACAGUUGCAACUAUUGAAAAUGUUCCGUCCAAUUUUGGUAGUUCAUUAAACGCACAGCAAUCGUAUUCAUCAUUACCGGUGAUAACAUCAACGUAUAGCAACCGUGAAAGUGGUAAUGCACGUGAAAAAGUUGUCGUCAAAGUUGUAAAAGCGCCCGGUUGGUAUUUGAACGAUGCCAAUGAACGAAGAUCAUACUUUAAUGCGGUUGCACACGGUUUGCUGAACGAAAAUGGACUGGUCUAUGUAAACGAUGUACAAAGAGAAAAUACAGCACAAUUGACAUCAUCAACAACAACAACGGCACAAAAUGCUCCAAUUAACUUUACUCCAUCGACAAUUCCUCUGCCGGCAUAUGCACAAACACAAACAGUUCAAAACCCAUCGACAGUUCAUAAUCCCAAAAAUAUCAUUCCAUCGGCUGCAUUUCAGUCUGGACAACCCAUCGCAUACAAUCCAAUACAAACAUAUAACGGCAUAAAUUAUUGGCCACCUUGUUUCACAGCAGCCGCUGCAGCCGCAUAUUCACAACCCAUUCAAGUAUCUCAGUCACAGCCACAGUCACGGCAAUUCACAUUCCAGAAAUGAUGAUCAAAUUGCCGAUGGGGAACAACAUAUACAGCACACGGUCAUUCGUCUUACAAUUUGCAAGUUUAUACAACGUAUUUUGAAGAGUUUUUGGCUACAGACCAUUGCUUGGCAUACAUCAAUCCAGUCGUCAUUACGUCACCCACCCACAAAAUGUUAGUUCUUUUAAAUGUGCUUGCAUUUUUAAAGAGUUUUAAAUAGUAAUUAUUGAUAGUCAUGCAUUCCAUAUUCGGCUGAUUUGCGUUGUUGGAUGCAUUUUUAACCAGUCAUUUUGAUUACGUUCUUCGAGUUUAUGUUAUUCAUAAAUAAUGUAGAAUUUAUAAUAACCGCGUCAAAUUCGUCAGCAAAUGUUGCACUUUGUCAUUUAUAAUACGUUUUAAUUAGCGAUAACACAUCAACAU